CAUCAAUUCCGCCCACACGUGAAAUUUUAAAAAAAUAAGGAAACUAUGUUUAGACUGCCGAGGGUUUAAUAGGGCAUUCCAAUGAAUCUUGAAACAUAAUAAGAACAAAAGUGAGCCGUAAAAACAGCUCCUGCGCAUGCGCACUGGGUGGUGGGGGAACAUGUGCGCAGAUGCCGUUCUUAGGGCUUACUUUUGUUCUUCUUCUUCCGUUUCAAGAUUCAUUGGAGUACUCUAUUGGAUGUCCCUACACCUAGGCUACUUUCCUUUUCACGGCACACCAAAUGUUAGGUCGUGUUAGGUAUUCUGAGUGCGCAGAUCUGAAUUCCGGCGUUUGAGAACUUGGACACUGGCCCUUACAGUGAUGCACUGCCCUAAUUGUGCUGGCCAAACGGGUCGAUGGGGCGUAUGACCCAGGGCGGAAGUGGGCGGUGCUUGGCUGAAUUCCGCAUUGACGUUUCGUCGCUUUCUUCGUCGCACUGUUGGGCAGCCCUCAGGGGCGCGACAGAGACAAAGCGACAACACGUUAAUUCGGAAUCAGGCGGCUGGACGUGGCCAUGAUUACUCGCUCAAGGACACGCGCCCACAUCCGCAUGCUCAUUCAGGAGGGUUGUUUCAUCUCUGUCGCACUCGUGCGUCAAACGACUAGGCUUUAUGAAAGAGAGAGAGAGAGAGCGACAAAACCAUUUAUCGAAAUGGCUCGGCGGCACCCCGGCCUGGAGCCGCCCUCAGCACCCAGUCGGCCCGUGGCCCGUGGCGGCACUCCUGCCGUGGACUGCGACCUUGGAACCCUUCGCACCCAACCAGCCGGCCAGCAAAUGCUUUACAGAAACUGAUGUUGAUCGGAGCCCAUGGCUCCAUGGCGACGUCGCCACUGAAGAGUGCUGUGAGACAAACCAUCAAUGAAUUUUCGGAAAACACUUCUAUUCAUGGCGUGCACUAUAUCACCGAGCAUGGUCGACGGUGGAUUGAGAGGUUGGUGUGGAUCGUCACGGAGCUCGUCUGCAUAGUGGGAGCUGUGUUUAUGCUGCUGUAUCUGCUCUACAAGUUCCAAGACAACCCCACGAUGACGCGUGUCGAGUCUUCCUUCCACCAGUUGGCCGAUUUGCCGUUCCCGGCCAUCACCCUCUGCAACGUCAACAGGAUUUUUCGGUCGAAAGCGCAACGCUUCGUGGAGGGAAUCAGAGUGCCGGAGACUCUCUCGGUGUCCCAGCAAGACGUGCUGCGGCUGCUGCCGUUGCUCGGCCAGUUGCUGUCCUCGGCGGAAAUCGGGAGGAACAUUGCGGGCCGCGCGCGCCUCGACGCCAUCCUCAAGUACAACAACCUGACGCCAGAGGUCGUGCUAGAGCAGGUUGGGCAGACGUGCUCGGAGCUGAUCGAGCGCUGCAGCUGGGAGGGGCGCGAGGUCGACUGUCCAUCAGUCUUCUCCAGGACUAUGACCUUCAUGGGCUUCUGUUGCUCAUUCAACGCUGAUGUGGACUUUUCGGUGGCCGCGCAGCCGUCGCGGGUCAAGCGCGAACCCCUCAAGACCCCCUACUUCGGCUACCCUCUUGGGCUGACAGUGCUUCUACACCCGCACACGGAGGACUAUUACUGGGGGCCGUUCGUCUCGGGAGGCGUGAUGUGCGCGGUGCAUGACAGCAACGAGAUGGCGACCGAGCGCAGCCCGCAAGCCAUGGUGGCUCUCGGGAAGGAGUCCAUGGUGCAGAUGGUGCCGCGGAUCCGCAACGCGUCCCCGUCCCUGCGCGACGUGACGCCGCAGCGGCGGCGGUGCCUGUUCGAGGACGAGAACCCGACUUCGGCGUCGGACCAAUACAGCGAUCACAUGUGCGCCAUCGAGUGCGCGGCGGCCAAACUGUGGCGCACCUGCAAGUGCCGGCCGCUCAACUUGCCUCGCAUCAGGGGGCCGCGAGGAACACUUUGCGGUCUUGACAAGCUGCCAUGCCUUGCCAAAUUCAACGAGGAAGAGCACGAUGCCAUGGUCAAGAGUCAAGUCAGGGGAGAUUUGCUGCCGUCCAGUCCAGCCGAAGCCGACAAGUUGUCAGAGGAAAUAACGCAGAUGUGUGGCUGCUUGGCGCAGUGCAACUCCAUUGACUACGAGCUGGAGACGACGACGGCAAACUUCGGCGCCUCGCGGAUGGUUCGCCGCAACUUCUAUAAAGAUCUUAACGCGACCUCACGCUGCCUCCUGCACGUGUAUUACGAUCAACAAACGUCGACCCUGUUCAUUAAUGACCUGGUCAGCAACACUGUACAGCUGAUGUCAUCAUUUGGCGGUAUCUUCAGCUUGUUUCUGGGAUGUAGCUUCAUGAGCGCCGUCGAGGUUCUUUACUUCUUUACUGUGAGGCUUUGGCUGCUACUGCGUGGUGCGGGGAUGGCUACUCUAACGCCAGCGCAGCGCGUAGAUGAGUCACACCCUGACAUGUGCCAUGCGCCUGGAGCCGGUAUGUCCUUUGAACCAAGAUCUAAAUCCGACGUCUGGAGCAGCGGAAGACCCAUUCGCCCCAGCGCUUUCUGACGACACCUUACAGAAACCUUAAUCAGUUACUAGGCCUGCGGGCAGGCGGAAUAAAGCACGUCAAAACUUA